GUUAUUCAUGUCUUCUUAAGUAAGGGCCUUUGGACACUACCAUCAUGCUGAGUUAAAAUUGGAAAUAAUGGUGGCAAUUAGAAAGUUUGAGAUUGCAAAUGUAAAGUUUUUCCCACGAAUCAUGUUGACAUUUGUGUCUUACAAAAUGUGGAAUUUGGUCUCAGAAGUGUUUGAAAUGACUUGUACUUCUCAGUGUGAUGUUCAUUCAGUUGCAUUAUUACAAUGACCCCGUCUAUAACAUGAAUUGGGUACUGAUUUAAGGAAGACAUUCGACUCCAAGAUGCUGAAAUCUUGCCAGGCUCUUUAUGUUGGUUUUUGUGUAUGUGUGUGUAUUUGUUUGGAUGUGGAUUUGCAUAACAACUACUGUUCUGCUUUUGACUGUCACCAAUUGCUCUUGCUGUUUACAUUCAGGAAAAUGUCAAGACAAAGCAUCCCCAGCUACUCUAUGAGUCUAAGUUGUACAAAUUAUUACAAGAAGGAAUCAGCUAUUCUUUUCCAUUUUGGUAGCUGGAAUUCCGAAUGUUAGAUGGUUUGGAGUUGAGGGAGAAUAUAAUGUCCUCGUGAUGGAUUUAUUGGGACCUAGUCUUGAAGAUUUGUUCAACUUCUGCAGUCGGAAACUGUCUCUAAAGACUGUUCUCAUGCUUGCAGAUCAGAUGAUUAACCGGGUUGAGUUUGUUCAUUCAAAAUCUUUCCUGCAUCGGGAUAUUAAGCCUGAUAACUUUCUUAUGGGCUUAGGAAGGCGUGCAAACCAGGUAUAUAUUAUUGAUUUCGGACUUGCAAAGAAGUAUAGGGACUUCUUAACUCAUCAACACAUUCCAUAUAGAGAAAAUAAAAACUUGACUGGAACAGCUAGAUAUGCUAGCAUGAAUACUCACCUCGGCAUAGAACAAAGUCGGAGGGAUGAUUUAGAUUCACUUGGAUAUGUUCUCUUGUACUUCUUGAGAGGAAGUCUCCCCUGGCAGGGGCUGAAAGCAGGAAAUAAGAAACAGAAGUACGAAAAAAUCAGUGAAAAGAAAGUUUCAACCUCUGUUGAGGCUUUAUGUCGGGGAUAUCCUACGGAGUUUGCUUCUUACUUCCACUACUGCAGAUCACUUAGGUUUGAAGAUAAACCAGACUAUGCUUACCUGAAGAAAAUUUUCCAUGACCUUUUUAUUCGUGAAGGUUUUCAAUUUGACUAUGUAUUUGACUGGACGAUUUUGAAGUAUCAGCAGUCACAGCUUGCCAAUCCUCCAUCUCGUGCCCUUGGAGCAACUGGUGGAACAAGUUCAGGGAUGCCUCGUGCCAAUAUUGAUAGGCAAUCAGGUUGGUCUUGUGCAUUUAUCUAUUUUCUAAUCUUAAAUUCCAAGUGCAGUUCUUGGGUUUCUCUGUGCGUCUUGCCGUUCAUUGUACCAAUUAGCUAUGUGCGAUUGUUUACUUUCACUUCUACUUUUUGCUCUUUGCUGUUUAGAAUUGUUGUGUUACCGGCUUCUAAUAUUUUCCGGUCAAGUGGAUCUUCAAGGCGACCUGUUGUAUCCACUAGCCGUGAUCCAGUGCUCACAGGGAAUGAUUAUGACCCUUUACAGAAAGAAGCAAGCCCAGGAGGACUCCGCAAAAUAUCCAGUGCUGCUCAAAGAAUUUCACCAGUCAUCUCAUCAGAUCACAAUCACACCGCCUCUAAUAUAAAUAAUUUUGACUCUACCCUCAAAGGUUUAGAGAGCUUGAACUUUAAAGACGAGAGGGUGAAUUAUUAG